AUGAGUUUAUGGAUGACUUAUUACGAUACCUUUCGGUCCAGAUUUUUCUACUUGCACACUUCAAGUGAAGAGUCUGAAGGAGUAAACAUCAUCUAUGAAGGUUCCUCUCUCGGCCUAGAGCUACAGUCGUUAAAGUGCUCAACACCAUCUGAAGUUUUGAUACUAUGUAAAAUGGGAGUGCUAUGGCAGUCUUACUAUAUCUGGCUUACCUAUGAGUUUUAUCAAAGACUUUUGAUGCAUCAUUCUUCUGUUAUUUUCUGGCUCCUUUUUGCGUGGGCGCAUGAUUUUUUCUCGGUUGUAUCUCGGACUAUUAUGUCUUAUUGUUCUUUAACGGACUGA